CCUUAAGCCGUUACAUACUUUGCCGUCGAAGAACUGUUUAAAUUUUAUCAAAAAGUGCAUAAAAAAUAACGUGCGUAUAAAUCACAAAUACAGAGAAUCUCCCGCCCCUUCACAUAAGUACUGAAAAUUACCUGCCAAAAGAAAAAAGUAGUACUCAAUAUUUUUGCGAAUUCUCUCCCUUUUGCGAUUUCCUCUUUUCUAUAAUUUCUCCGGCGAACCAUCAGUGCUUUCUCCGGCGAAAUCAAGUUUUUGAAGAGAGCUUAUUUAAGUUGUCAUGUCGCAAGAGGAAAUUCUCGUUGUUCUGUGAUGACUAUUGUUCUAGUAACUUGGCUGGUAUCCUUGGAACAGUAUGAGAUUCUGGUUGGCGAGAAACUUCUAGCACUCUUCCGUACCAUGAAGUUUACAUGUUUAAGUGAGGGCAGGGGCUAUUAUUUCCCACCAUGCCACAUAGUCAAUAUAAGUGGCUUCCGGGUGUUAUUUGACUGCCCUUUGGACCUUUCAGCACUCACGGUCUUCUCUCCCCUACCAAUUGUUACAUCUUCUCUGCUUGAUGAAAAAACAUCAAAUGUUAGUGGCCAAAGUUCAUCAAAUUCAGAGUCUGUAAGACGGGAAGUUGGGGAGUCUCUUGAUUCCAAAAGUUUGAUACAGGCUGAGCCUUGGUACAAAACUGUGAAAAGCUUGCAGCUUUGGAGUAUUUAUUCCAUAGAUGUGGUACUAAUCUCAAGUCCGAUGGGUAUGCUAGGGUUACCAUUUCUUACCCGCCUCAAAGAUUUUAGAUCGAAGGUAUAUGUAACGGAAGCAGCUUCCAGACUGGGGAAACUGAUGAUGGAGGACCUUGUUUCCAUGCAUAUGGAGUUGAGACAAUUUUAUGGACCUGAAGAGUCUGGUUGCCCUCAAUGGAUGACAUGGGAAAAGCUUGAACUACUUCCUAUGGCACUAAAGGAUAUUGUUUUAGGCAGUGAAGGGACAGAACUUGGUGGAUGGAUGCCCAUAUACAGUGCAGCUGAUAUCAAGGGUUGCAUGGAGAAGGUUCAAUCUCUUAAGUAUGCUGAAGAAGCCUGCUAUAAUGGCGCAUUGACCAUAAAAGCGUUCAGCUCUGGUUUGGAGAUAGGUGCUUGUAAUUGGAAUAUCCUAAGUCCAAAAGGAAGCAUCACAUAUCUUUCUGGCUCAGUUUUUGCAUCAACAACUGCAUCCAGUUUUGAUUACAAAGCUCUUGAAGGAAGUGAUGUUUUAUUAUACUCAGACUUCACAGCCUGCAAUGAUGUUGAUAGUGAAAAGAAUGAGUUCCCUCCUGAUACUGCCAGUUCCUAUCCAAGUGAUACUGGUAGUUGUUGGGAAACAAUAACUGAGUCCUGGCUUGAUUCAGAUGAGUACUCAGAAGAGAUGGAAAAAGUAUCUUUUAUAUGUCAAUGUGCUUUGGACUCUAUUAAUGACGGAGGAUCAGUCCUUAUUCCCAUUGGACGGCCUGGAAUCAUGUUGAAGCUAUUGGAACAUGUAUCACUUUCGCUAGAAUCUUCAAAUUUGAAGGUUCCUAUAUAUUUUGUUUCUUCUGCGGCAGAAGAGUUAUUGGCAUUUUCCAAUAUCAUACCUGAAUGGCUGUCCAGUCAACGUCAAGAAAGACUCUAUUCUGGACAACCUCUAUUCACUCAUAUUCAGCUGUCAAAGGAGAAAAAGCUCUUGGUAUCUCCUGCAAUUCAUUCAUCAAAAUUCCUAACAAGUUGGCAGGAACCUUGCAUAGCAUUUUGUCCUCACUGGAGUUUGCGACUUGGCCCUGUUGUUCAUCUCCUUCAACGUUGGUGUGCCGAUCCUAACUCAUUGCUUAUUAUGGAGGAAGGAGCUGAUAUCAAUUUGGCUUUUUUGCCUUUCAAGCCAAUGUCAAUGAAGGUCCUUCAAUGUUCAUUCAUCUCUGGAAUAAAGCUAAAGAGAGCUAUACCUUUACUAAAGAUACUACAACCUAAACAUGUGGUGGUUCCUGAGGGUUUGAGGUCCCAUAUAAGCUGUUGGAACCCCACAAUUUCAGUCAGUUAUUUCUCUGAAAAUGAAACUGUAGUUAUACCUAAGUUAAAUUAUGCAGAUAUGUACAUCGCCAUGGACUUGGCUCCUGAGCUGCUCAAUUAUACAAAAGUAAUACAUGAAAAUAAUAUUGUAAGAUUAAAGGGAGAGUUGCUCGUUGAGCAGGGAAAACAUCAGUUAGUUCUUGGAAAGAAGCAAGUGCUUUCUUCACAAGAUAGGCCAUUGUUAUUUCUAGGUAGAGUUGACUUGAACUCCCUUCUGAUGGCCCUAAAGAAGAUGGGGAUGAAAGCAACUGCACAUCAUGCCCAGAUUGCUAAUGGAUCAGAAACUGUAUAUACUAUUUGCAUCUCAGAGCCCAAUGAAGCCUUGAUAGAGGUUACAGCUUCACAAACCAUGAUAAGCGUUGCUGAUGAGAACACCGCUUCCCUGGUUUCUGAGGCUGUUCGUAGCACUUUAGUUUGUAUUUGAUAAAAGGUGGCCCUUCUGUAUCCCUAGAUGCCAAUGGUUUAAGAAAUUGACUGAUCGCUUUCCAGCUUCGAGGGGGAAAAUUAUUUAUUGAACUGGGAGUUGAAACAAUGAAAGGUGUCGUGUGGAUGGAUGUUGGAAGGGAAAAAAUGCAUAUUGUCAAUAUGUAUACUAAUAUAGUUCUGGUGGUGACAAUUGGCUUCCUGUUCCCUUUGCUUUCUCAGCCAUCUCCUCUAAGGUUCAAGUACUUUUUUCUGUUUGAUGAUUGAUUGAAGGGACAUUUAAUUUGAAAGAGCAGAUUCCAGAUAAA